AAAUUCAAAGUCGCUACGAUAAUUGUGCGGAGCGUGGGAACUACAAAUCACAGCAGCAGCAGCAGCAACAACACCAACAGCAAUACCAACACCAACAGCAGCAGCAGCAAUUGUUGCUCAUUUCGCUCUUGGCUCUCCCAAUGCUCGCACAGAGUCAACGACAGCAACAAUUGCCGCCGCUCUGUGCUCAUUCGGACGUUACGAUAUUUUUUUCUCAUAUAAUUUGAGGCGUUUCGGCAAGCGCACACGACAGUUGUGCUUGAAACGCUUCGUAGUGAAGUUCGUGCUCGAUCGACGCGCGGAAAACAAUAAAAGAAGAAAAGAAAAAAGAAGAAAUAAGAAAAAAUAACAAACUUUGUUCAACACAAAAUUGGCGUGUACAAUUUUUGUUACAUGUGAAAAAACGAAAAAGAAAUUUAUUUAGAAAUUUUUGUUCAUAUUUCGACGACGAGCUUCGCGCGGAAAUUAGCAAGCGUUUGCAAGAAACAAACAAGCCAAAAAAAGGAAAAUUCAAUAAAUUGGAAAAGCUAUCAAGUAGCAGUGAAACAAGAAGUAAACACAACUUUGCAACGUGUAAACCAAGUGAAAUUUUUUGUGAGUGCUCCAAGCAAAAAAAAAAAAAAAAAUAAAACUAAAACUAAAACCCAAAGCAAAUACUUGAGUUGAUCGCUUUAAAGUGGCUCUCAAACUGUAAAGUAAUGUGCGUGCCAAAAGCACAACAACAGCAACAACAAAAACAACAACAAAAACAACAACAAAGACAAUUUGAUAAAGAAAAGGAAGUAAUAAUUGCGAAAUUGUUAAGCGCAUAAAGAAAUGGCCAUAGAUUUUCUUAUAUUGGCCCUGCUGCUCAUCUCGUUCAUCAUCAAUCUGUUGGCGUUGUGUGCGUUCUGGAUAACGCCGGGAUUGCGCACCACAGCAAAUCGUUUCACAAUCAAUCUGCUGAUCAUCAAUUUGAUUGGCUGCUGCAUUUUGGCACCCACAUUGUUGCUGAGUGGUGUGAAGAGUCUGUCGGCACAGACAACGGGAGCAACAGUUGCCGGCGAUAGCAUUGAGUUUUAUUCAAAGCCCGGCAAUCAUCAGCUGACCAUACGUCGUAAUGGCCAACUUGUGGAGCAGGACGGCAUUGUGGUGCGCCGCAAUAUCAGCAGCAGCAGCAGCAGCAACAUCAGCAGCAGCAGCAGUGGCAUCAAUGCUGAUAACGACAGCAAUGGGGACACCAUUGAGAUGAUUUACAAGUGCAAUGCGACAUAUUGCCGGGAAUUGACCAUCGAUGAGCGUGGCGAUGGUGCCUUUGUCAUCACGGAAACGGAAACCAAGGAGGAUAAUCUGAGUGUGCCGACAGUGCACAGUAACAUUCAAUUGCCAGCGGUGCAGCUGCGUUGUUGGUCCAUCGAUAUGGCCGCCGCACUGGGCGCUCUGGCGGUGCUUCUUGUGGUGGGUGACACCUGGUGUGCGGUCACAGAUCCAUUGCGUUAUCACAGCCGCAUUUCGGGUGUUAAGACAUGGAUAUUCAUAACACUCACCUGGGCUGUGGGCAUACUUUUUGGUGCACUGUCCGCCUUUCGUGUCCUCGACUUUGAGGCAGACACACUGUUCAGCCGUCAGAGACGUCUGGCUGCCACAUAUUUCAACAUUAGCAGCACAAACAGCAUCUUUGGCGUGGUCUAUGCGAGUAUCUACUUCAUUGUUAUCAUCCUGUUGCCGUUUGGCUUUGUUUGUGGCAUGUAUUGGCGCAUCUUCAGCGAGGCACGCGGCAAUGGGCUGCGUAUGCGACAAAAUGGCUCCUCGCCGCUGCUCCAGAGUGCCCUCAACCUGACCAAUCAGGCACAGGCCACACCCGCGACACCCUUCUCGAACAGCUUGUGCGUCCACAGACAUUCCAUAUCAUCGGCCAGCUCGCAUGGCGGUGGCGUUGGCGUUGGUGUUGUCACUGGCGGACUCCAGAUGCAAAUCGACCAACGUGGAGCACGCAGCUCGCCCAGCUGCCUGCGUCGCGAUUCGGCUGCCAAGGUGCUGCUGCCGACCAUCUCCGAUGAUGGCUCCGAUGGCGAUGUUGAGAGCAGCACGGUCGGCGCCCCUCAGCUGAUGAGUGUGCCGGAGCAAUCGAUUGCGGAUCGCAAUCAGAACAUCCUAUUGACACUGCAAACGGCCAGUGGUGAGAUUAAACGCAACUACUCGGCCAGGCAGCUGCCAUUGUUGGGCACCUCAUCGCAGGAUCUGCGGGAGUUGCAUCGCCUGCAGGGCAUACGUCAGGUGCACAGUUCGCCGAAUCUGCACAAGUACACCGAGCUGUUGCAGGAUCCGCUGAGUGAUGAGUGCAGCUCGCCGCAUUUGUUGCACGCACAGCGACAGCAGCAACACUCACAGCAGCAUCUGCAGCUGCUGGAGCAACAGCAGCCGACACAGCAGCAACAACAACAACUGCACACACACUUCAACACUGGUCGUCAGCAGACGGCAGGACAUGCGUUGCAAAUACCCUCCAUACAUGCCUCUCCCAAGGCCCUCAGCUAUAUGAGUUCUCUGCGUCAUCGUCUGAGCAACGCCAGCUCGUUGUUCAAGUAUCGCGAGGAGUCACGUGCCGCGCGGAUCAGUAUCCUGGUGGUGGUCAUGUUUGUCGUCUCCUAUCUACCCUACGGCCUGCUGGUGCUGCUGCAAUCCCGCCUCUCGGCUGCCAACUUUGGCGGCUCUACUCAGCUGGCCAUCUUCAUGAUACUGCUGGCCAAUCUCAGCUCGCCCUUCAUCUUUGCCUACCGCAACAAGCGAGUGCGACGCGGUGUCAAGCGAUUGUUUGGCCUGGAUGCAGCCAGUGUGUUGCAACGUCAUCACAGCAGCAGCAUUAAGACCAAUGGCAACGGCAGCGGUGGUGCUGCUGGUGGUGCAGCUGCCAAUGCCGCCCAGUUGCAACGCAACAGCAGCAAGUUGUCGCAGUACAGCAGCAACAGUUGCCGAUAUCUCACGCCGCAGAGCUCCGUGAUCAGUCAAUGCCAGACGACGCCGGUGCAUACAAUAUUGACGUUGCGUCCCAACAGCAGCUGCAGCACGAUCAUCAAUUUUGGUGGGCACACCAGGGGAUCGGCGGAUUCGGAUGAUGUGCCCUCAAUGGAGGCGACACCACCGCCACCACAGCGCACCACUCGCCCCAAGUUGCAGCGUGGCAUUACCAUUGUGGAGCAUAUUCACAUUGCCGGCUCACCACCCAAGUUCCAGGCACGUCGAGGCCUUUUCGACAUGUUCUUUCGCGGCUCCAAGAAGCUGCAGUCCAGCUGUACCCAGUCCACGCCAACGGAGGUCUAAAGCCCAAAUCUAGUGUUAAGUAACUACUAAAUGUUUAUUGCUUGCUGAAGAAUUCGCAGAACAGUAUUCGUAAUGUCUUAAGUUUUACAGAAAUAAGCCAAAAAACAAAAAAAAAAACCGAAAAACCAAUUCAAAAUACAAGAAACUUAUUAUAAACAUGCUGUGCUAGAAGCUUCUCAUGCCAAAAAUGAAGAAAUAGAAUAUGUAAAAUAUAUAAAAAAUAUAUUCGUUGAAAACUCUCAAAUACACAUACAUAUGUAAUAUGCCUGUGCUUGUCAAACUGCAAGUGUUGCAAAAUACACAGGCAACAGCAACAAGAUGUACCUUUUGUCUAACAAAUAAUCAAACAAUUCAAAACACUGUACAAGUCGCUAUAAAAGCAAAAAAAAAACCAAACAGCAAAAUGUUGAAAACAUAUUUUUAAAAGUAAAUAAUAACAAAAACAAAUAUCAAACUGUAAACGGGAACCAAGCAGCCAAUUUCGAGUACCUAAGAACUGUCCUAACAUAUAAAAAAAAAAUAUACCGUCAAUUGCAUUGUACUCUUAAACACACACAUGUACACACGCACAUACACAACAAGCACGACAUCUAUUAAUUUAUUAUUGUUUAAGCUAAUAUUAAUAUUUAUUAAUCAAACACGACAAGCUUUAACUUAAAAACAAACAAAAAACACAAAACAUUCUGGCUAAAAACCCAACGCUAAGCAUUCAAUUCAUAAGUUUUGUAUUAAGUAAAUGUGCAAAGCAUAUAAAUGUGUAUUAUAAUAUACUGUAUAGAUUGUAACUUCUUAAAACGGCACCUAGUGCUCUCAAAAGAAGAGGAAAUUCGAUGCAAGCUAUUUCUUGGCAUUGCAAGCGGCAGUUUUCACAUUGAAAACUUUUCUAGCCGGCCUGUGCAAUGCCGAUUUUAUCAGUUGGUCAAAUGAGCGAAACUUUAUAAUUAAUUAUAUAUUAAAACUGUAUUGUUCAAAUCAGUUUGCUUUUUAGAACUUUAUUAAUUGCGUGCAGCUAAAUACCUCAUUAGUUUUAAUUUAUACAAUUUAAAAUACGAAACCAUGUAUAAUGAUGCAUUAACGGAUUUUUAGUAAAUGCCACAACUUGUACUAUAUGUAUGUGGCACAUGUUGUACCGUAUCAAUAUGCCGACUCAGACCGAAAGCUUUAUACUACCUAAGUUCAAUUCAGUUCUAUUCUAUAAUUUUAUUUGCUGCUAUUUGACUUGCGUAUAGCUAGAAAAGUCUUUUGUAAUAUUAUGGUAAAUAUGAAACACAUAAAAACACUAAAAAAACCAAACCUCGAAUUUAUAUUUCUAAAAAUUUACACUAGAAAUUUCUAUGUACAUCAUAUAAAUAUACUAUAUUAAAUAUCUUUGUGUGUAGAAAACCACAAUUAAAAAAAAAACACUUCCCAGAAAUUUCAAAACCAAAACUAAUUCAUGUGAUGUUGAGCAGAAAGAGAAAGCAUUAAAAAUUAAUGAAAUCAUGUAUUAAUAGAUUAUAUUACAUACCAUAACAUAUGUAUGUCCAUAUAUAUGUGUAAGUAGUACUUUUAUUUUUUCUAAUUAAUGCAACUGGCAAAUGAUAUAUACAAUUAAUGUAAACCAAAAAAAACAAAACACAAAUUCAAUGUGACAAAUUAGCUUAUAAAGUGAAAGAGAAAACAAAGCAGAAGCAGAAACAGAAACGAUAUGAUAGAAACCAAACAAAAAGCGAAAGAAAAGAAAAUACAAGAAACACACACUAAUUAACUACAGUACAAUUACAAUUGGUAGCUAACCACAUACAAAAAUUUAACCAAGUAUUUUCUAGCUAUGUUGCUAAAUA